AUGGCGAACAACCGAAAUGAGAUCAUGUCGAAUGUCUGGCGCGAUGGCAUAUUUCAAGACAAAGUACUCUUCUGCACCGGAGGCGCUGGUACAAUCUGCUCUGUACAAGUCCGGGCAUUCGUGCUCCUCGGCGGCAAUGCCUAUAUUAUUGGACGAAAUGUCGAGAAAACCGAACGCGUGGCCAAGGAGAUUCAGAGCGUCCGGCCUGGAUCGCGAGUCAUUGGCCAAGGAAAUGUGGACGUGCGAAAUAUGCAAUCGCUUCAAGAUGCAGCGGCAAGAUGCGCAAAGGAGCUUGGUGGCAUUGACUUCGCCAUUGCUGGAGCUGCAGGCAAUUUCCUCGCUCCCAUGAGCCAACUUUCCUCGAAUGCAUUCCGAUCUGUGCUAGAGAUUGACACAUUGGGCUCCUUCCACACAGCAAAGGCAGUCCUGCCAUAUCUGGUGGAUAGCGCCAAGAAGUUUCCCAACACAGGUCGCCAUGCGUCCAACGGCACCGGAGGUCGGCUCAUCUUCAUUUCGGCAACAUUCCACUACAGGGGUCAGGCUCUGCAAUCACAUGUCGCGGCCGCAAAGUCCGCCGUCGAUCAAAUCAGCCACAGCGUAUCAAUUGAGUAUGGUCCAUACGGAAUUACCAGCAACGUCAUCAGCCCCGGCCCGAUAGCAAAUACCGAGGGCAUGGAGCGUUUGGCUAAGCUGGACAGCGAGUCGGCGGCAGAGUCCAAGAGGGGAACACCCGUUGGUCGCUGGGGCGAGGUGCGUGAAAUCGCCGACGCUACCAUCUACCUCUUCUCUGAAGCCGGUAGCUUCGUGAAUGGCAAUGUUCUGGUCGUCGAUGGCGGGCACUGGAGGACUAGUGGCGCUGGCAGCGCUGGCUUCGUCUACCCUGAUUUCAUCAUUGGUGGAGCUGAGAUUACCGGUGUUAAGAGCGGGCGCCAGGAGAAGCCAGCAAAGCUGUGA